AUGAAACUAAUAGCUCUAUUUUCACAGCUACAGAUUGCUCUGGCUGUGCCAGCAGACUGGUGGACAAGAUCAUGUGGCUAUGUUAUCGCGUCUAACCCAGCUACCAAACAUGUGAGCCACUGGGAAAUUGCGGGGCUUGAAAAACGCCAUAUGGGCAGUUCUGAUGAUGAAGAUGGUUCAAGUGAGGUUCCGGCAUGUACAAACCCAGCAUAUAUAUUGACUUUGUGGGACUGUAUCAAUACAGGAGCGUCUCUUAUGCCAGCAAUGGGACGCGAAGCCAAGCAAGGUUUGGACGAUAGUUUUGCCUAUAACCGAUGGAACUGUCAAUAUGAGAAGAGCAAAUUUAUUUAUACUCGAAAAGAGCUUGACGACUUGUAUGCCAAGUAUAAGAUCACCCAAACUUAUGAACAGGCUGCGGAGUCUCUAGUGGGACCUUUCAGUGUAGAUACAACGUCUCUGAUGCCCUACGCUAUUCCUGAGAUGCACUACCAUGACGCCCGGUAUUACAGUGAAGUAUUUGCGCAGGUUAUUGUGUAUUUCAUUUCUGGAAUCCUGAUUUUGCAGAUGCUAGUCAACUUCUGCACCAGAAAGUUCCCUACAAGAGUCGAAGCAGUUGCUAAUUCCAACCUGAUUCGGACUUGGCGCAAAUAUAUGACUUUGAGACCUCUUUUGAGUGAAAAGUAUGCUAGGUGGUUUGACCUGUAUUCUACCCCGUUCCCCUACGUUUGCCUGUUCAUCACAUUCGUUCUGAACUAUGUGCUCAUGGGAGUCAAGCUUAAUCCAUCAAACCCACAGCCCUUGUACCCUACUUCUUCAAUGGCGACUGGAACCUACCUCGGAUAUCGUUCUGGAAUGCUAUGUAUGUACAAACUUCCAUUUGUGUUCGUUUUUGGCACUCGCAAUAACAUCUUUACUUGGGCGACUGGCUGGGACAUAGCAGUUUUCAAUCACUGGCACACUUGGCUGGCUCGUAUGGUCGUCAUUGACGGAUUUAUUCAUACGGGAGCUUAUGUCGUUCAUUAUGGCCACAAGGAUGCUAUGGCUGCCUGGUCAGAUGCAUAUUGGACCUGUGGGUUUGUCGCAUUACUUUGCUGGACCCUUAUGAUGUUCCAUGGAACAUCAUAUUUGAGAAAAUUGCGUUAUGAUUUUUUCAGAGUCUGCCAUAUCGCUCUUGGCAUCGCCUCAGUAGCAACACUCUGGUAUCAUUUGGAUUACACCAACAAGGUUAAAGAAAUCUGGUACACGAUUGUUGCAGUAUGGCUAUUUGACUGGUGCCUAAGAGUCAUUAGAAUGAAUUCCUCAGGCAUUUGUGAUGCUAUUGUCGAAAUUACGACGGAAAAUUACCUGACUAUGCUGGUAAAAGAUAACAAUCCCGUCAGACCAUAUGUUGGAGCGAGCUACUACGUAUACUUUUGGUCUUGGUCGUCAUUCUGGCAAUCACAUCCUUUCACGGUUGUUGAAUAUACAGAUGGAUAUAUGAAAUUCGUUUGUAAGGUGCAUGAAGGUGUGACGAAAAGAAUCCAAAGAAGGGCUCAAGCGAACGGAGGCUCGUGUAGGUUGAAAGUGGGACUCGAGGGUCCAAUGGGUAUUCGGCUUAACUUCAGAAGCUUCAAAAACCUAGUCUUUUGCGCUGGUGGCGUUGGAAUCACAGCAGUGUAUGCUCACCUGAGACCUUGGGUUCAAAAUGGAGCGGACCGUUCUAUUACCGUUUACUGGGCCAUUCGUGACACCCAACCUGUGGAAUGGUUUGCAGACGAAAUCGAGGUUAUGAAAGCUUCUGGUAUCAAGUUGAACGUUUAUGUUACCGGUGGUGAUUGUACACCCGAACACAGUAUCCAAAGUUUAACUUACGAAUCCUCUGUUGAAACUGACUCGUUACCAACUAACGAGCAGCACUUGAAACUGAAACAAGAAGGAGUUCCUCGCAUUAAAUUUCAAGCUGAACGUCCGCAAUUUGAUCAAAUUGUCACGGAUGAGGUCAUUAAUUCGCAAGGAUCAAUUGUGUUUUUCGCUUGCGGGGCUUCUGAGCUGAACCGCACUAUUAGAGAAAGUGUCGCAAAAUCAAUUGACAAAACCACAAACUAUGUACAGUUCUAUGAGGAGUCAUUUUGCUAG